ACUGCCUUAGCUAUGGUUUGCUUCCUUAAAAAGCUGUGCAUGCACCGGAAUUGUUUUGUUUCUUUAAACUCUUUCCAUUGGAUCAGACUCAGAUGUCUGAUCGGAAAACUGGGUUUAUGGCAGACCAACUAUCAAAGACAACUUCGAUCUUCGGUUUACGAUUAUGGGCAUUCUUGGAGUUUGUGUUGGAACAGCUUUUGUUCUCUUUCUGUUCCUCAUUUCCCUUUGGCUCGCUUCAAAACGAACUAAACGGAAACCUUGUUCCAAACCAAGAAUCCCGAUUGUUUCCAAGGAGAUCCAGGAGAUCAGACUCGAACCCCCAAAGCCUCACAGGACUCAAAUUCAAACUGACCCUGACCCUGACCAGAGUAUAGAAAGGCAAGCCUUGAUUCUUCCUCUUGAAGAGGAGAGCCCUAUUGGUUAUCGUGGAAUUCACAUUGAGAUUGGGAAAGAUCAUGGGAUUUCAUACCCGGGUUUAUCCACACAGACAAGUGGGGAGGCACGUGUAGCUGGACCGGUGCCUGAAGUUUCACAUUUGGGGUGGGGGCAUUAGUACACUUUGAGGGAGCUUGAGGAUUCCACAAAUAGAUUUGCUAAUGAGAA